AUGUUAAAUCGAAUAAAAGAAAGAUACAGCUGGAAGAACAUGAGAUCAGAUAUAGAGAACUAUGUUAGAAAAUGUACUCAAUGCCAAUCCAACAAAGCACUACGCCAGAUUAACAGGGCUCCAAUGCAAAUUACAUCAACAUCCACUGCACCCUUCGAAAGAAUUAGCCUGGACAUUGUGGGUCCACUACCAGAAGCUGGUAGAAUCUCCUUGAAAUACAUACUCACCUUGCAAGACGAUUUAACCAAAUUCUCUACAGCUUAUCCCAUUACCAACAAAAAUACAUAUAUUUAUAUUUCCAGUCCAGCAGUAUUAUGUCAAGGCAUAAAGCACGAUGACUACAUCGAACAGAUUACAAGCAGUCCUGGAAUUUAUUUUAACCCAAUAGGUUCAGUUAAAUUAGUUAAUGAUUAUUUACACGUAGUAAUACCCAUAGAUUUAGAAUACAUAAAACCCCAUAUUAACAAUAUCAAUAGUGUUUUACAUACAUCCCAACAUCUUUGCACGAAAAGUAAUACAUUAACCGGUCUUGAAUGUCAAAAUAUAUUCCAACCACUCAUUCCCAUGCUCGAAGAUUUGACACGGGAUUACCAUUCUUUAUCGCAUCUGAUUUCAUCCAGAAGUAAAAGGUCAGCAUGGAUACCUGGUAUUGGUAUCAUUUUUAAACACAUCUUCGGUACCAUGGAUGAAGAUGAUGCCAUCAAAUAUGGUAAUGCUAUACAACAAUUAAAAAACAAUGACAAAAGCUUAUUAAAUUUAGUUAAAGAAAACAUUCUCAUCUCCAGAACAGCUAUAAUUAAUUUUAAUGAAACCUUAAUCGAAAUUAACAGAAACGAAAAACGUCUUAACGACGUUAUCGAAAAUUUGACGUCACAUAUUAACAAUAUGACAAUUAUCACGAAUUCAAUACUGGCCAAGACCGCUAUGCAAGAACUGUUUAGUGCGCUCCAAUCAAGUUUGUUAAGUUUAUCUUACAGAUUAGAGGAUAUUGUAAACUCUAUUUUGUUUGCAAAAACCAAUACAUUACAUCCAUCCAUCAUAACACCGAAGGAUCUUUAUAAUGAAUUGGUUACCAAUGUAAAACACUUACCCAAAUUCUCAGAAUUCCCUGUAAAUUUAGAAUUGUACAAUAUACAUAUAAUAAUCAAACUGUCAGAAAUUAUAUCAUGUAUCUUAGACAAUAAGCUAGUAUAUACAAUUAAGAUUCCUCUAGUUUUAAUUUCUCCUUUCAAUUUAUACAAAGUUAUUCCAAUCCCUGUAGCUCAUAAUAUUGAAACACCUAGCUCAUUUGCCCUAAUUGUACCGUCGGCAUCCUAUAUUGCUAUGAGCAGGGACAAAUCGGAAUAUUGUAUCUUUAAUGAUUUGAAUAGAAAUUGUAACCUAAUAGUUAAGAAUUCAUAUAUAUGUCAUGAAGUUGCUAAAUUUAAUAUUAUGAAUGAGCCGAUAUGUGAAACGGAAAUAAUUACUAAAGUCAUACAUUCACUUCCAAAUGAAUGCAAAAUUAAUUUUAUCUCAGGUAUUGUUCAUAUUUGGCAAAACAUUGGAAAUAACCAAUGGGUUUUUACACAUUCUGAACCAACAAAGUUGCACAUUGACUGUGAAAAUGAAAACUUUGAUACCAUUCUACUUGGCACAGGGAUAGUAACCCUAAAACCAAGAUGUAAUGGUUAUUGUAAAAAUACAAAGCUUAUUGGCACAACCAAUCUCACGAUUAAAAUAAAUAAAAUAUUUUCAGACUUUAAUUUAAUUAAUGACACUUGCUGUAACCUAACAACGUUUAAUAAAUUAAACUUUACCUUACCCUUAAGAUCCCCUUACUCUCAAAUCAAUUCUGACAAUUUCAUGAAAUUAAACAUCAGAGGUAACCUCUACCCCUAA